AUGGACGUCAUCUGGAAUUUGGUAAUCCUUUCGAAACUCAACUAUGGCCCCUGGUCUUCUAAUUUAAAGGAACGUGUCAAAUUAUCUGCAGGCAAGCCAGAGGCAGAUGUUGUUGUAAUUGGAAGUGGAAUUGCUGGACUAUGUUGUGCAGGACUUCUAUCUAGAUACCAGCAAGAUGUUUUAGUGUUAGAAAGCCAUAGUUUGCCUGGGGGUGCUGCUCACUCAUUUGAGAAAAAGGGCUACAAAUUCGACUCCGGUCCAUCUUUGUUCUCCUUACUCCAAUCAAGUGGCCCUCAGGCUAAUCCUCUAGCACAAGUUUUGGAUGCAUUAGGUGAGUCAAUUCCUUGUGCCAAUUAUGACUCUUGGAUGGUUUACUUACCUGAAGGUGACUUCUUAUCACGCAUUGAACCAACUGAAUUUUUUAAGGACCUUGAGAAGUAUGCAAGUCUUGAUGCUGCGCAAGAAUGGAGAAAACUUCUUGAUGCUAUAUUGCCAAUGUCUGCAGCUGCAAUGGCUCUGUCACCUUUAUCUAUUCGAGGUGAUUGGGGUGUUCUAUCCACUGCUGCAACUAGAUAUGCCCCCUCUCUCUUGAAAUCCUUUGCCCAAAUGGGACCUCAGGGAGCCCUUAGUGCUAUGAAGCUUCUCAGACCCUUUUUAGAAAUAGUUGACUCAUUGGAGCUGAAAGUGCCUUUUAUACGAAAUUGGAUAGAUCUUCUGGCUUUCUUGCUCGCAGGGGUGAAAUCUAAUGGUAUACUGUCCGCAGAGAUGGUAUACAUGUUUGCAGAAUGGUACAAGCCAGGUUGCAGUCUGGAGUAUCCCAUUCAUGGAACUGGGGUAGUUGUUGAUGCUCUUGUCCGUGGACUACAGAAAUUUGGUGGACGGAUCUCUUUCAAGAGUCAUGUGGAAAAUAUUGUUGUUGAAAAUGGUCAAGCUGUGGGAGUAAAGCUAAGAAGUGGUCAAUUUGUACGCACUAAGAAGGCUGUUGUUAGUAAUACCUCUAUGUGGGACACAUUGGAUCUAUUGCCUAAGGAAGGCAUUCCAAAGUCAUACCAGGAUAGGAUCAAAAUGACCCCUCAAUGUGAAUCAUUUAUGCAUCUUCAUUUGGGUUUUGAUGCAGAGGUGAGUGAUUGUAACAACCAGCCUUGCUUAUGAUUAUUAGGGGGAGGGGGGAAAGAAGCUUUUUGUUCACUAAGUGAGGUGCUUCUUUACAAAAUCCAUUAUGAAUUCUAGAUCUGAGGAUGUU